AUGUGCUCAAAGUACUUCAUAUCAGGAUCUAUGUUGAAGGCCAAACCUGGAUGGCUCGGACCGAUGCUCGUCUGCAAGACCUGGAUGCACGCAUGCCAAGAUCCGUUGCUUAACUCGGUCUUCGACCUUGAAACUCAGUUUUCGUCAAUCCCCGAAUCGAUCAGCUGGUGGAGUCCCGAGUUUGAAGAAAAAGUGGACUCCAUUCUCCGAUCUGUAGUGGAUUGGAGCGAAGGAGGUCUUAAGGAGAUUCAGGUCAGGCACUGUUCUGAUCGCUCUAUAUCUUACGUUGCUGAAAGGUGUCCUAAUCUAGAGAUUCUUUGUAUUAAGAGCUGCCCCAACGUUACAGAUGCAUCAAUUAUGAUGAUAGCCUCGAACUGCCCAAAGCUUAAGAAUCUUGAUAUAAGUUACUGUCAUG